ACGCAUGCGCAGUUUCAAGUCGCCCCAAACUAUGCCGAUGUGGCUGGUUUGAUAUUAAACUUUUCGUAAUUUUAGUUAGUCUGUAGGUUCUGAAGCACACAAAUUGCAAUGGGCGUUUUUAUUCUGGCUUUUUUGGGGCUCUGCAGUUUGGUUUUAGCAAAUGACGACGAAAGGCUGCCGAAUAAAUGCGAAGUGUGUAAGUUUCUGACAGUUGAGCUGCAGGAAGCUCUGGCGAAAACUGGUCGCUCCAAAGAAGUUCUGGAGGUUGGAGAGGUGCUGGACACAGGCAAGAGAAGGAGAAAGAUCAAGUACAACACCUCGGAAACUCGACUGACUGAGGCAGUAGACAACAUAUGUGAGCGCAUCCUGCAGUACAGCGUUCACGCAGAGAGGCCCGGCAGCCUCCGAUACGCCAAGGGUGCCAGUCAAACCAUGACGACUCUGAAGAAUCUGGUCCACAAAGGAGUUAAAGUGGACCUGGGUAUGCCUUUUGAGCUUUGGGAUGAACCCUCAGUUGAGGUGUCGGACAUGAAAAAACAGUGUGAGACGAUGCUGGAGGAGUUUGAGGAGGUGGUGGAGGACUGGUACUUCCACCAUCAGGACCAGAGGCUGGAGAACUUCCUCUGUGAGAACCACGUCCUCCAGACUUCAGAGCAAGAAUGUCUCAAAGAGGUGUGGAAAGCAGACAUGGGGAGGAAAGGAGGGGCUGAGGAGGCAACAGGAAAAGAAGAGGAGGAAGCGAAAACAAAGGAACAAACUGCACAUGAUGCUGGAGAACUUUGAGAGAAAAAAAAAUUCGAAAAAUUAAAAUGCAGAAAACAACACUACACCUCAGAUUUGAUUUAGGUCAUCAAGCUGAAAAUGAAUGGACAGAAGCUGAUAUUAUGCACCGAGACGUGUUUUUAGCCGUGUUCCUGGUACGUAUAUUUACUAAAAGUUACUGCAGCUGUGAUGCCUUUUACAAAUUAACACUAUUAUUUUUAUAUGUCAACCUUCUAUAAAUUGUUCCAACACUCCAAGUAAAGUUUAACGCCUUUAAUUUUAAUACAAGACCUUUCCAGUGUUAUAUUUUGUGUAACCUCUGUUACAUCUCUCCUUAUGCCAACAAUAUACGGGACGUAUCUGUAUUUUUUACCUAAACUACAGCCCUGAAAUGCAAUAUGUAUGUACAGCUUUUUCACAUUGAAUAAAAUACUUUUUUUUACAACACU